AUGGAGCCAGUGCUCUGCUAUGAGUCAAUCAAUGCUUCAUGCCUGAAAACCAUUUAUCCCAUCCCCCUACGUGUUACCCUCUACAUCAUUUUUGGGGUCACAGUCAUUCUAACAGUGUGUGGAAACCUUUUGGUCACUUUCUCAGUGGUUUAUUUUAAGCAGCUCCAUACUCCAACAAAUUACCUGAUUUUGUCUCUGGCUAUGUCUGACCUGCUUUUAGGGAUAAUAGUCAUGUUCCCUUUUAUGAUUCAAACUGUUGAGUCUUGUUGGUAUUUUGGUGACUUCUUCUGUAAAAUCUUCAUUAGUUCUGACAUCACGUUGUGUACAGCAUCAAUUCUCAAUUUGUUAUCGAUAUCAGUCGACCGAUACUACGCUGUUUGCCAACCUCUGCUUUACAGAAGAAAAAUAUCUGUUAAAAUUGUUUUGAUCAUGAUCCUGCUCAGUUGGAGUAUUUCAGUUAUUUUAGGUUUUGGAAUGAUUUUUCUAAAGUUAAAUAUUUUGGGUGUUGAAGAGUUUUAUUAUAACCAUGUUGUAUGUGAAGGAGGAUGUGUUUUGAUUCACAGUGGAGUGUCUGGUACUGUCUCAUCAGUAAUUUCCUUUUAUUUGCCGGGGAUAUUAAUGCUUUGUGUGUACCUAAAGAUUUACCUUGUAGCACGUAGACAGUUUCGCAGCAUUCAGAAUGCAGGAUGUGUGAAGUCAGUAAAAAAGUCAAACACAAGUCAGACAAAAGCCACUAAAACCCUGGCUAUCAUAAUGGGGGUUUUUCUUUCUUUUUGGACUCCAUUUUUUGUUUGUGUCAUCAUUGAUCCCUAUGUCGGUUACUCAAUACCCCCUGAAUUUUUUGUAACACUUGCAUGGUUGUGCUACUUUAAUUCUACUGUGAACCCUAUGAUUUAUGCAUUCUUUUAUAGUUGGUUCAGAAAGGCAUUUAAAUUAAUAACCUCCGGUAACGUCUUCAAAUAUGACAUUUCUGAGACAACACUUUUACCUGAAUAA